AUGCCGACGAUGGACGACAUCCUAGAACACAUAGGGGAAUUCAACUUUUUCCAGAAACAAACAUUUCUCUUCCUCGCUCUGCUCUCUGCCGCCUUCACCCCCAUCUACGUGGGCAUCGUCUUCCUGGCCUUCACCCCGGACCACCGCUGCCGGAGCCCCGGGGUGCCCGAGCUGAGACGUCGAUGCGGCUGGAGCCUGGCCGAGGAGCUCAACUACACGGUGCCGGGCCCCGGGCCCAAGGGCCAGGCCUUCCCCCGCCAGUGCCGCCGCUAUGAGGUGGACUGGAACAAGAGCGCCCUCGGCUGCGUGGACCCGCUGGCCGGCCUGGCCGCCAACAGCAGCCUCCUGCCUCUGGGCCCCUGUCGGUACGGCUGGGAGUAUGACACGCCCGGCUCCUCCAUCGUGACCGAGUUUAACCUAGUGUGUACCAACUCCUGGAUGCUGGACCUGUUUCAGUCGACUGUGAAUGUAGGAUUUUUUAUCGGUUCUGUGGGUAUCGGCUACAUAGCAGACAGGUUUGGCCGUAAGCUCUGCCUCUUGAUUACAAUCCUCAUAAAUGCUUCAUCUGGAGUUCUCAUGGCUAUUUCCCCAAACUAUACAUGGAUGCUAAUUUUUCGCUUGAUCCAAGGACUGGUCAGCAAGGCAGGCUGGUUAAUAGGCUACAUCCUGAUUACAGAAUUUGUUGGGCUGAGCUACCGGAGAACAGUGGGGAUUUUUUACCAAGUGGCCUUUACGGUUGGGCUCCUGGUGCUUGCUGGGGUGGCAUACGUACUUCCGCACUGGAGGUGGCUGCAGUUCACAGUGACUCUGCCCAACUUCUGCUUCUUGCUCUAUUACUGGUGUGUACCUGAGUCUCCUAGGUGGCUGAUCUCCCAGAACAAAGACGCUAAAGCCAUGAAAAUCAUUAAGCACAUAGCAAAGAAAAAUGGAAAAUCUCUGCCUACCUCUCUUCAGAGCCUCGGAUCUGAUGAGGAAGUUGGCGAGAAGUUGAAUCCUUCAUUUCUUGACUUGGUCAGAACCCCUCAGAUAAGGAAACACACUUUGAUCUUGAUGUACAACUGGUUCACGAGCUCUGUUCUCUACCAGGGCCUCAUCAUGUACACGGGCCUCGCUGGGAGCAACAUCUACCUGGUCUUCCUCUACUCUGCCCUGGUCGAAUUCCCGGCCGCCUUUAUCAUCCUCGUCACAAUUGACCGCGUGGGUCGCCGUCAUCCAUGGGCUGCAUCAAAUAUGGUGGCAGGGGCAGCCUGUUUAGCCUCGGUUUUUAUCCCUGAGGAUCUACGCUGGCUAAGAGUUACCGUCGUAUGCUUGGGUAGAAUGGGGAUUACAAUGGCCUAUGAAAUGGUCUGCCUGGUCAAUGCGGAACUGUACCCCACACGCAUCAGGAACCUUGGGGUCCUUGUCUGCUCUUCCAUGUGUGACAUCGGGGGCAUCAUCACGCCGUUCCUGGUCUACCGGCUCACCAGCAUCUGGCAUGAGCUUCCACUGGUGGUUUUUGCUGCAGUUGGCCUGAUUGCUGGAGGACUGGUGUUAUUGCUCCCAGAGACCAAAGGGAAGACUUUGCCUGAGACCACUGAAGAAGCUGAAAACAUGCAGAGACCAAGAAAAAACAAAGAAAAGGUAAUUUACCUCCAAGUCAAGAAGCUAGACACUCCACUAAACUAAGAAGAGAGAGCUGCUCUGGUUUGCUUCGAUUAAACAAGGCCAGAGUCAGAGAUUUCCACUCUCAUCACGAAGCCCAUACAACUCAACCCUACUU